AUGUCUUUUGAACUGCCCGCUCUGCCUUAUGCCGACGAUGCCCUUGCACCCGUUAUCACCGCUGAAACCAUCGGCUACCACUACGGUAAACACCACCAGGCAUACGUCAAUAAUCUCAAUAAGCUGAUUGCCGAUACAGACCAUGCCGAUGCGUCUUUGGAAGAAAUUAUUGUCGCCAGCGAAGGCGGCCUGUUUAACAACGCUGCGCAAGUCUGGAACCAUACUUUCUACUGGCAUUGCAUGACACCCGGCGGUGCCGCACUUGAGCAAGGACCACUGCUAGACGCAAUCAAUAAAAGUUUUGGUUCCGUAGAUAAGCUCAAAGAGCAGUUCAUUGCCGCUGCAACCGGCAACUUUGGAUCCGGUUGGACCUGGCUGAUUGCCGGUGACAACGGUGAUCUGGAAAUUGUUAAUACCAGCAAUGCAGACACCCCUCUGGCACACGGUGCACAACCUUUACUGACCUGUGACGUCUGGGAGCACGCGUACUACAUUGACCAUCGCAACGCCCGGGCAACCUACUUAGAAGGUUGGUGGGGCCUGAUCAACUGGCCGUUUGUUGCCAGCCAGCUCUGA